UUUGUCAGGGCCUACAUACAAUGUCGGACAAGCGUCUUGCGGAGUUUGAGCAUACAAUUAGCUCUGGUGGCAGGGUCCUCAAGCAACUCACCGAUGUCGCGAAAGCAAACAAGCUCAACGUUCCGCCUGAAGGGCUAAAGGACCUUAAGGGCAUCGUACUCAUCCACAGCCACAAGGGCGCCGCGGUGGUGGGCUGGGAGCAGGGCAACGGCGCCGCGUUCAAGGUGCUGGGCGAGGACGCGGACGGCCCCAUCCUGUCCGCGCCCAUCCCCAUGCUGCUGCAGAAGUUCACCGUGGGCCUCCAGCUGGGUUACAACAGCGUGUACUCCAUGCUGGCCAUGUACGACGACGUGGUGUUUGAGGACAUGGUGCGCGCGGACACCGCAGGCAUGGUCAUGGGCAAGGACAUUGUGCUGACGGGUCUGCAGGAUGACGUCAGCUCCACCGCCACCAACACCCACCACUCGUCGUCAGUACACGCCAUGCCCUCCGACCAGGAGGAGGCGGCCCGGCUGAAGCACACCAAGCCCGUGCGCGCCAUCACCGUCAGCGACUCCUUCAUGAUCAUCGACGUGUCGCUCUACGGCGGCUCGCUGACUGUGGACGUGGAGAAGCUGGUGGGCAGCUACGGCCCCGCCACCACCGUGCCGCAGGUGCUCGCGGACACGGUGCCGGCGCCCCCCGCCAUCAAGGAGGCUGUGGCGGGGCUGCGCAAGGAGCUGGUGGGGCUGCGGGUGGCUGUGGAGCACAGCGCCGAGUUCCUGGCCAAGGCCAAGGCGGAGGCCGGCAAGCUGUACGCGCUGUCUUGAGCGAGGAGGAGGAGCGGGAGCAAAAGGAGCAGGAGGCGGCGGCAGAGGAGGAGGAGCGGGAGGAGGCUGGAGUCAGGCAGGUGCAGUUGAGCGGGCGGUGGAGGGAUGGAGCCUAGAGCACCCGAGAGCAAGGGCAGCCGGGGUGACGGGGCAUCCGCGAGCAACGGAACAUUUGCGUGUGGCGCGGUCACGCUGUUGGUUGUGUUAAAGAAGAGGUCCCUUCUCAGCCGUUCCGCCGUAUGCCCGUAUGGCCUUCCGUAUGGCGCUUUGCAAACAUCCGGGCGACGCCUCGUCACACGGCGAAUCACGGGCGGUUGCCGACGGCACGUUGCCGGCCACAUGGGGCGAGUUCGCUAUACCCCGCGCCCUCUGUGCUUAAGGACUGCUUUGUCCGCGUGUAAAGCAAGAGGAUU